AUGCUCGAUGCCCAUUCAGACCUCUUUCAUACGCUCAUCCCAACAAUGGAGGAGGCGAUCAAGCGUACCCGCGCUCUACCCCCUGCCAAUGAUCACGAUGGUGUUUGCCUUUCCGCAUCCUCGCGAAACGCUCUCAUCUUUCUGGGAUCCUCUCCGCAUAAUUGUCUCGAAGCUAUACGCGCACGCUAUCGCAGCAUAUCUCGGUGCUCUGAGAUGGAGACCGUAUUCUUCUUGAAGAACAAGGACACUGGCGAUGCCUGUAGGAUGAGCAAUGACGCUCGCGAGCGCCUCAUCACCGGACCAAUGAACCUUAUGGCGCUUACCGAGGUUAGGAGUUUCCCGCACCCUGUGUUCAAGUAUCCGGCAGCUCUCAUAGGGUCUGUAGGAGGCAUCAUGAUAUGGACUCACGGUUGGGAGCAAGCCAUCAGAGUGUGCACUCAGGUUCAUGACCAUCUCCAGACAAUUAUGAAGUCUGUCAGAGCUCAGGGUCUGAUACCCGAGCAAGUCUCUUUCGCGCCCCUGUCCCCGCUAUCCUUUGAUCUUCCAAUGUUGCUUGGGGAUUCCGACUCCGAGGUACCUUUGCUUGAGUCACUCGAUCAUGGAUAUUCGUCUCAACCGAAUUCGUCUGUGUUCACUUCAUCCUCUAUUCACGCGGAGGAGUCAUCUUCCUCGUCCCCCGAUCGUGUUGGGAUGUGGCUAGAGCAUUUCGGUGUGAUAGACACCAUGCAUUCGCAACUGGAAGAGUCUCUGCCAACCAGCUGGGACGAUUAUAAGCCUCCCUGCACCGUUCGUGACCAUGGGGCGGCAGAUAUCGCUUGUUUCGGUAGUACAUUGUUCGCGCCACCAUCUCCCACGCUCUCAUUCCCCGGGUCAUCGUGCUACUCGCGCGGUGUUACGCCACUCGCAGCAUCCCCUCCCGCGUUCGGGUUCAGCGACGAUAUUACAGAGGAAUAUACCGACGAACUAGUCAUGUCUCCCCGUCUCAUUGCUCCUCUUCCUCGACGCUCCUCCCACACUCCAUCGACGCCACUGUCGUCGGCAUCUACGCCAGAUCUUAUUCCCGGGUCGGUACCUGCUACCCCCGAUUCUCCCGAUAUCCCCCUCUCUCUUACUUUCCCUCAACCACUCCCGAGCAAAGCCCCCACUCCCAAGCCGACCACAAAGCCGACCACUCCAACUCCAAGCGCAUCCCGAAAGCAGGCCGUUUCGGACAUGGGCUCUCCUGAUCCAGCCUCUAGCCCGCUCACAUCGAUGUCCAACCUCCGUGUUCCUUUCGUUGAUGACGACGAUUUCGAGCCUGAGCCUUCCGACGAUGAGGAAGAAGAGGACGAAAGCGACGACGACGACGACGCUUAUCACCCGAGCGCUGGCUCUUCUAGGAAGAAGCAGGGUCCCGCGUCACAACGGAAGCGGUUUGCUGCAACGUCUCCUCGCGGAGAACCGCAGGCCAUUCGUGUUCCCAACACUCGUGCCAAGGAGCCGUCAUCCCCCAUCGUCGUAUCCUCAUCGCUCGCUUCCCCGACACCUCCAUUCACCGCUUUUCCCUCAUCUUCAUCAGCCCCGCUGUAUCAUCCUCCUCCCGGCCUUAAACGAAGGCCAAUCGACUAUCCCUCCCGUACCGCCGAUUCCGCCGACUAUGACGCUCACGAGUGCAAGUUCUGCAUUCAUCCCCGUUACGUUCGUUCAGCCGACGCUGAGCGGCAUGUGAAAAAAUCUUGUUGGUUGAAUCCUGACAGGGAACGACAGGAGUGCCCUAAGUGUGGGGUAGAUGUGUCGAGGGACGACGCUCUCAAGCGACAUCGGCGGGACAAGUGCAAGGGGAAGCGGGGUCCUCCGAAAAUGAAGGGUUGUGUGAGGAUGAUCGAAGCAGAGGGUAAGAAAGUGAGGAAAGGGAAGAAAGGGAAGAAGGCUUGA